AUGACUAGAGCCACCAUCAAGUCUGGGACUGCAAAUAUCCUAAAUACAAUUAUAGGUGCCGGGAUAUUGGCAAUGCCCUAUGGGCUCCGCCAAAACGGGUUGCUAUUCGGCUCGAUCUUGAUUGCAUGGUCGGCCUGCACUUCGGCCUUUGGUCUUUACUUGCAGAAUAAAGUCGCCCGGUACACGGGGCAGCGGGGGUCGGUUUCGUAUUUCAGUUUGGCACAGGUCACAUACCCGCAGUUGUCGAUUGUGUUUGACACUGCUAUUCUGAUCAAGUGCUUUGGAGUCGGGGUCUCGUAUUUAGUGGUGAUUGGAGAUUUAAUGCCCAAGAUUAUGGAGAGUUUGGAGGUUAGCCCCGAUUCGUUUUUGAUGGGGAGAAACUUUUGGAUCACGGUGAUCAUGGCCACGGUGGUUGCUCCGCUAUCGUUUUUAAAAAAGUUGAGCAGUUUGCGCAACACCAGUAUAUUGUCACUAUUCUCCAUUGCCUACUUGAUCUGUUUGGUGAUUGGCAACUACGCUGCAAGAGCAGCAGCAGAGGGGAACCACUCGGGGACGGUGAUUCCAAUCCCGGCCAAGCAGACGGACUGGAUUGGGCCAAUAAGCUGGGAGAGGACUUUGAGUUCCUUCCCCAUGUUUGUUUUUUCCUACACCUGUCACCAGAACAUGUUUGCCAUCAUUAACGAAUUGCAACCGGACGAGAAGGACGGCUCGCAAACGAGACAGUCAAACUUUAUUAUUUGGAACGCGUUGCUCACAGCCCUGGCCAGUUACCUCCUCGUUGCCGUUUUCGGAUACUUGACAUUUGGAAGGCAAGUGAGCGCCGAUAUCAUCACCAUGUAUUCGCCCAAUUCCAUAAGUACCUUGAUUGGAAACUUGUCGAUCGUGAUCAUGUCGAGUUUGUCGUUCCCAUUACAGUGCCACCCUUGCAGAGGCUCAGUUAACCAUGUCAUCUACUUUAUUAAAAAGGGAGUGAAAAACUCCAAGUUGAGAAAAGAGCUCGCGCGUCAAAGACACUAUGGGUGUAUCGAAGGUGGAGACUUAUCGGCUGCUGCUUCAGAUGUCGAAAGCUUGAAUUCGUUUUCUGGAGCCAAUAAUUUGGAGUCCUCGAUCAUUUCCACUACCCCCAUGGAAGGUGCCCAUGACACGUUGGGGCACGCGCCCAUCAUUGUUCCCUUAAGCACACGUCGUUUCUACAUCAUCACCACGGUGAUAGUCAUACUCGCCUACCUAGUGGCGUUAUCGGUCACCUCGUUGGCAAUGGUGUUGGCGUUUGUGGGUUCCUUGGGAUCCACGUCGAUCGCUUUCAUUUUACCGGGGUUGUUUGGGUAUUUACUCAUGAAACCUCUUGAACCGCGCACAAAGCUUAAUAAUUUAGAGAGAUUUUGCAAAUACGGUGGAUUGGCGUUGGCGAUAUGGGGGUUUGUCGUCAUGGUCACAUGCUUAACAGCAACUAUUUUCCAGGGGGCUUAA